AAGAGACUCCCCCCACCUCACGUGGGAUGCUGGAGCGAGGGAGGGGGAGAAGGGGCAAUGUCUGAUUGAACAGGGUCUAGAAGGGAGACAAGAGACCACCGAGGAGCUGCCAGAGGUUUUGAGGCUGGUGUCGUGUCCUGUUGUGGCUAAAGGACUGAAAGCCCAGUCCUACGCAUAGCGUCCCCCUAUGUUCCAUGGUGGGGCUUACUCUCAGGACAGUGUGCCUGCCUUGAGCUACGCACCAGGACCCUUUUCUAAAUCUCGCCUAAACUAGGUGGCCUUCUGCAGCCCUUAGCCCCCAACCCCUCUAUGACACAUGACCUUUCUACCUUGCAGGGGUGUCGUGAUGAUGACAAAAUGAUUUGUGUGGCAUAUUUUACACAGCACUCCAUAAGAUUUAAGGAUUGUGAUUAAGACUAACAAAGGAGAAUUAUGAGGUUAGGGUUUCUGAUGGAUGAGAAGAAGGGAGUUGCCGCGAAGGGGUUGGAUAAGAUUACAGAGUGAUUUGUGAGUUGAUGGAACAUAUGAACGAGGCAGUGUAGGUGUUUGAGAGGAAUGGGGAACUAGAAAGGGAGAAGAGCAUUUUAGGUAUUAGAGAGGCAUGGACAUUCAGUGUCCCCUGUGCUUGGUUACUAGUAGGAAGUAAGUCUCUCUGUAGCUUAUUCCCAAGGAUUACAGAUGCAUUGAAUGCAAUGAGACACAUAACCUAAUAUGCUGCCCCCUUGAAUGCUUUGAGAUGUAUUUCCCAGUAAACAGGCUUAGAACUGGGCUGCUUGGCACUAGAAAAAGGAAAAGAAAGGCAGGCUAAAAAGUGUGUGACCCUUGAUUUGGUGGAAUGUUUUCAGGGUUUUUAAAAAAAAGUCUCCUGGUAUGUGGACUUUUUCAGAAAAGAGGUGGCGGCUGGGCCAGAGACAGUUGAAGUGGGAGAUAAUGUGGAUUACUGGAAGGAGGGAAACAGGGAUAAGGUCUGACUGAUCCCUUUGAAAACAUUCAGCUCCAUCUGGCCUGAUGCUAUCUUACAUUGAAUGAGAGCAGAAUAAAGAAAAAUGAACAGGAACAGGAAGCUGCUGCCACCACCGCCAUCAAGAGGCAAAGGCAUUCCUGCCCCUAGACAGAUGGGUUUGCUGAUUGAUUUGUCUCCUGAAAGCAUGAUGGCCAGUGAUGGGGAAGAUGAUGCAGAACUUGAGGCUGAGCUCCUGGCUGUUGUUGGAGGCCAACCAGAUUCAAAACAGAAAUCAAAUGGGAAAACUCCUUUGCCAAUGGAAGCUAUUGAGAGAAUGGCUGCACUCUGCAUGAAAGACCUUGAUGAAGAAGAUGGUGGUGGGGAGGAAGAUCUGGAAGAUGAUGAUGAACUGAUGGCCGAACUCAAUGAAGUUCUUGAGGAAGAGAGUCAAGUCAAGGAUGUCAUGGUACCUGUUGCUGCAAAGACCAAUGACAUCCCAGCUGAUGCCAGUAGGACUGAACCCAUUUUGCUUGAAAGGCUGGAGAUGUACAAGGCUGCAAUCGCUUAUGCCAAGCAAGCCGGGGAAAGCUCAAAAGUGCGCCGCUAUGAAAGGGGCCUCAAGACUUUAGAAAAUCUGUUGACCUCAGUGAGGAAAGGCAAAAAGAUAGAUGAGGAUGAAAUUCCUCCACCGGUUGCUACCGGAAAGAGUCUGAGUACUCAGCAGGCUUCUCUCUCGGUGCCAGCUUCAGCUUCCCAGGCCUCCACGCCUGAUGACAGCACCACUUUAUCUAACCACCUCCCUCCAGAGCCGGUUUCUGCUUCCCCUGAGCAACCGCCCUCUAAAGCGCUUCCUAUGUCUGAUCUGCCUCCCAAGCUACCACCACUCGUACUUCCAAAGCCAAAGAUUUCUCCAGCGCCCACUGUGCAGCUUAAAUCCCCAGAAGCAUCGCAGGAAAGAUCUGCCCCCUUGGCACCUUCUCCUCUUUCAGGUCCCCAAAGUGCCAGUACCCAAGCACUCCUGCAAGCCAGGCAGCGAGAGUACAAGCUGGCAGCACUUCGGGCGAAGCAGGAAGGCAGCAUCGAAAUGGCUACCAAAUACUACCGCAUAGCAAAAAGCUUUGAUCCUAUUUUAGAAUCCUUGGCUAAAGGAGAGUCUGUGGACCUCAGCCGGCUGCCUCCACCUCCAGAUCAGCUGCCCAAGGAGAUAUUGACCCCAGGUGCACAGCAGUCACCUGUGGCAACAGCAACACCUCUUGCUCAGGCUGUGACCCCUCCGGCCCCAGGACUCUCAAGUCCAGGAGAUCUCCCCCCACCCCCUCGAGAUAUGAUGGAAGCACUACAGCAGAGGAUGGACAGGUACAAGACAGCAGCAGCACAGGCCAAGAGCAAAGGAGAUGACAGGAAGGCCAGGAUGCACGAGAGGAUUGUGAAGCAAUACCAAGAGGCUAUAAGAGCUCACAAGGCAGGGAAACCUGUUCAGUUUGUGGACCUUCCUGUUCCCCCAGGUUUCCCUCCUAUCCAAGGGAUGGAAUCAUCAUCUGGAGAGCAGAGCUUUGUGGGGAUCCUUGAAACAGCCAUGAAACUAGCCAAUGAGGAGGAUGAAGACUCAGAGGAGGCAAAAAAGCCUGACUGCCCUGCGCCAUCCAAGCCAGCCAGCUCACUGCAGCCUAAGCCAGCAGCCCAGCCAGGCUCACGAGCUGCCCCUGCAGUACCGAAGGCAGCUACGGCUGGUAAAGCUGCCUCCAAGGUCAUCACAAAAGCUCAACAGCAGUUGACCUUCCUAGAGAGCCGGAAGAAGCAACUGAUGCAGGCAGCUCUCCGGGCAAAGCAGCAGAAUGACAUUGAGGGCGCCAAGCUAUGUUUGCGUCAGGCCCAUGGUCUGGAUCCCAUGAUUGAGGCGUCACAGAAUGGUCUCCCGGUUGACAUAACGAAGGUACCUCAAGCCCCUGUGAAUAAGGAGGAUUUUGCACUCGUGCAGCGUCGUGGCAUUAAUAUCUCCCCAGAGACGGCACAGCAGUACAUGGAGCUUGUGAAGCUGAUGAGGCAGCAAUAUGAGAUGUGCAUGAAUUAUUCCAAGCAGUUCACCCAUUUAGGGAACAUCACGGAAACUACCAAGUUUGAGAAGAUGGCUGAAGACUGCAAAAAGAACAUGGAGAUCCUAAAGCAAGCUCACGCAAAGGGAUUCCCACUGCCAAAAUAUCAUUAUGAGCAGCGGACAUUCAGUGUUGUCAAGAUCUUUCCAGAACUGAACAGCAAUGACAUGGUUCUUUCCAUAGUCAAAGGAAUCAACCUGCCAGCUCCUCCAGGCAUAGCUCCCAAUGACCUGGAUGCUUUUGUACGCUUUGAGUUCCCCUACCCCAAUGCGGAGGAAGCCCAAAAAGACAAGACAAACGUGAUCAAAAAUUCCAACUCUCCUGAAUUCCUAGAGCAGUUCAAGUUGUUCAUUAAUCGGGGGCACCGUGGGCUCAAGAGGGCUAUUCAGACGAAAGGCAUCAAGUUUGAGGUUGUCCAUAAAGGGGGGCUGUUCAAAACUGACCGUGUGGUGGGAACUGCACAGCUGAAACUGGAAGCCCUGGAGACAGCUUGCGAGCUUCGGGAAAUCUUGGAGCUCUUGGAUGGUCGGCGGCCCACAGGAGGCAAGUUAGAAGUAAUCAUCCGCCUCAGAGAGCCGCUAUCUUCUCAGCAGCUGGAGACAACAACAGAGAAAUGGCUGGUCGUAGAUCCCCUAACCAUGCCACCGGUUGCACUUCCCAAACCCAGACCAGCAAUAGCUCCUGUAAAGGACAUGGGCGGUAGCAAGCCUGUCUACACUCUGCGCAGCUUCAACGUUCUUGCCUUUGAUAAGGAGAGGCUGGAGAAGAAGAUGGUAGUGUACAAGCAAGCUGGUCAACGCAUCCCCAAUGAGUUGGUGGAGCAACACCAGGAAGUCCUACGGAUGAUCCAGUGGCAAAAGUCCCAGCUUCAGCAUGGAGGCCCUGCAGUCAGGAAAGAAUACCUGGUGCAGUUGGAGCAGUACCAGCAGUUAUACACAGAGGCAGCCCGGCGCCUUGGCAAUGAAGGCAAGCGGGAGGCAGCCAAGGAUGCCCUUUACAAGCGCAAUCUAGUGGAGAGUGAGCUGCAGAAGUUUCACAGAUGAAGGAAAGAAAGAAGUGGCGGAAAUGUGAAAGGCCUUGAAUUUGCCCCACCAAGCAACUGCAUUCUCACGCAUGGUCUUCUCCCCAUUGUUGUUGGGGGGCGGGGUGAGAGGCGGGGCGGGCAAGGGGAGCUGUUUGCUGAUGGAGCAGUAAUGCUGCAAGGUGAAUCGUGGCUCACCAUGCUCUGGCAGGGGCCUCUUCCUAGUUUUCACUAAGUGAGCAAGCAAAGACUCCCCUAAUUCCCCCCUGUCAUGUCAUACUGCUAGGAGAAGAGACAAUCUGUGUGACAAUGACUUUGGCACUACCCUCUGAGCACUGAUAGCUCAGCCCAGUCUCCCCAGGAUAUUAGUGAGUCACUCAAGUCAUUCCUCAGCUGAGCCGGCAGAGAAGGAAAAGGAUUCCACUCUAAGUUAUCUCAGCUGUUCUAGCUUGUAGCUGCAGGGUACAUCCCACUACUAGUUUGAAACUGCUUUCUCUCCAGUGGUUUUCCCCCAAAGCAUCCUGGGAAUUAUAAUUUUGUGAGGAUGCCAAGAGUUCCCGAGGCCCUUGACAGAAUGGAAGUUCCCAAGAAAGAGGAGACAUUUAAACAGGCUUGAAACUAUUUCAAACAUUUAGUGUAGAUGUACCUACUGGGUCUUGCCUUCUCAGUCCCAGGGAAGGGAAGUCUCCACGGUACACAACAUGUACUGAGUUGACUAAUUUAGGGAGGAAUUUGGCACCUUUUGAACACUAAAAUUAUCCUAGCACAUCCCUACUCCCUGUCGUCUACAUUUAAUCCACAGUUCUCCUCCUUGUACUCCCCCCCCCCGCACCUUCUCCCUUGCACUAGGCACUUUGCACACUCCUCCCUGUGCUCUGCUUGUUCACCUUUUUUUGUGCAGGUUCUCACCUCACCCUUAUUAGCAGCACUCCACAGCCUCCAAAGAAGCAAUUUGCUCACUGCUCCCGACUGAGCUGAUCACUUCUGGGUGGCCAAGAAGCCCACUUGGAGGCUCUGUGUGAAAUCUUGCUUGUCCGCUUGCUAACCUGCCUCGAGCUCAUUCAGAGAUCCUGAUGGGCGAUGGGAAGGGCCUGCAUGGGCCACAUCCUUCUGUGCUGACUCCUGGCUCCCCAGCCCAUUUGGAGGAGCAGAAUGUACAAGGUCAAUAAAGGAGGCUCAUGGCUCAGCUUGUCUUUCAGGGGCAGCCUCUCUUGCCUUGGUGCUGCCAAAGGAAGAAAUGUUGGACUCUCUCCCCCAUGAAGGAUUGCUAAGGGAGAGUCUUGCUUUGCUUUUGACUUCUGAGGAGUAGGGAUGUGCACGGAACCACGCGGGGGAGGUUCGAAGGCAGCGGGGUGGGGUGCAGCUUUAAGAGUGGGGGGAGGGUGCACUUACUCCUCCCGCCGCUUUCCCCCACCAGCAUCCGUUUUUGUCAAAGCCCAUCAGGGCAGCAUUGUACUUCCCUGCCGCCCCAUUGCCGCUGUUGUCCGGAUAUGACCGGAAGUAUCUGAUGCACGUGCACGGGCACAUUUCGCCCACAUAUACUCACGUUGGGUGUGUGCACAUCAGAUACUUCUGGUCAUAUCUGGGCAACGGGGCGACAGGGAAUUACAAUGCUGCCCCGAUGGGCUUUGACAAAAACGGGCGCAGGUGAGGGGAAAGUGGCGGGAGGGGUAAGUGCACCCUCCCCCCGCUCUUCAAGUUAGACACCCCCUGCCGUCAAACCGGUUCCGUGCACAUCCCUACUAAGGAGCACAGAGCAGGUUUCCCUCCAUGGCUAAUGGCUGUUGACACCCAGAUUGGUUGAACAUCAGCUCAGUUAUGGUGCCCAGAUUACUUGUGGGAUAGAAUCAGGUGGGAGUAGUGCUUGUGCUCAUCCUGCACUAAACAGGUCCUGUUUAAUGGGGGGAUGGUGUUUCAGAAUUGUCCAUUUCUUGACAUGUCAGAUGGAGAAGCCCAUGGCCCAUCCAAUACUCCCCACACUUUUGAAGAUGAGGGAGGUAUGUGAGUGGGGCCAUGGUUUUUGCACUGGGGCACAUCGGCAUGGCCUUGUGGGCACUGCUUCCCCUUUGGCAGCUUUCAUGGUAUAAGCUUUCAUGGAAGUGUUCUGCUUCCUGCAUUAGGUUAAAGGGAUUUUAAAGUGUAGGACAUUUACUCAGGGUUGCUGGCACCGUUGCUCAGGAUGGAUUAGGUGAUAAACUGUAGAUUAGGUCCUGGACUGUAUCUUCCCUGCCCCCACCUACACUCCUUUUUAAAACCAAAAUUUCACUCCUUUUGUCUCUGGGUAGUGAGGUGAUAAAGGGAAACACAUGUUCUAUAUGCAGCCUUUCUUCCCUUGAUUUCCUGACCUCAUUCACACAAUCCCCGCUUGGGUAUUAUGGAAAUCUAAUUUUUAUACAAGUGCCUGCCUCUCAGCCAGAGGCCCUAAAAGCCAAUGUUAAAAGCAGAGGCCGUGAAUCAGUUAUGACUUUAUUUUAUGCUUAGAGUUGACAUAAAUAUAAAGUUUUUAGGGGGAGGAAUUAAAAAAACAAAACCCUCUGUAUGUAAUACCCAAACUGGAAUCUUGCACCAAUAAUAAAACCUUGUUGAAACCUC